CUUUCUACAAACUCUUUUCUUCCCUUCGGUUAGCAACAACAACUACUCUUCACUUCCAACAAUGCUGACAUGUUCUAAGGUAUCUCCAUCAUGUCAGCCGUGACCAACCAGCCUCUUCCCUUUGGCCAACUGGAGCGAGAGAGGCACAUCCGCAUGAUCUUCAGUGCUUUCCAAAACAAGUGUGGCCCCACGUGUCAGUGCCCCCGUCACUCGCCAUCACCAUAUCAACAUCUCCAACUGUCCGCCAAGCUGCAGAACAUGAGGAGCGAUGAGUCCUGGCUGGAUGGUGCAGGAGGCUCCAACUCUCUGAGCGUGCUGGAUGAAGUCAGUGACUUCCACAUCACUGCCAGACCACAACUACAGGGGCCACAGUGUGUUGCGCAACGGCUCUACAGCAUCGCCUCCGGGGCCAACAUGUCCCAAUUGUUUGUGGCCGUGGAAGAGAGUUCAUGCAUGUGCCUUCAGUGUUGCGGUCCGGCUCGAGCUUGCUCCCUGCAGGGUUUCAACCAGCAGGGCCAGCAGGUCUUCUACUUCCACAGACCGCUCAGGAUGGACGGCUGCUGUUUCGGUUGCUGCCUCAUGGAAAUAAGCGCCUACACGGCUCAAAAGCGACUCAUCGGGGCUGCGUUUCAAAGGUGGAGCAUGUUCACCCCCCUGAUUGAAGUCAAAGAUGCAGAGGGAGUGCCUGCAGUCAAAAUUCAGGGCCCGUGCUGCCCAAGCCGCUGUUUGUCAAACCAACAAUUCCAGAUACUGUUUUUUCAAAAUAAGAUUACCUCCAACAUCGGGGAGAACAUUGGCACCAUAUGGAAGAAAUGGCCUGGCUUUCAACAGGAACACAACAUGGACCAUGAAUAUUUUGGGAUGGAGGUGCCGCUGAGCAUGGAUUCACAAACCAAACUGUUGCUACUGGCAGCCACAUUCUUACUGAAUUACAUGUUCUUUGAGAUGAGCUGAAGACGUCAUUAUGGGUCAAAUGAAAUAUGUUGUUUUAAAAAAUUAAACAUUUUCAAC